AAAAACCGGAGACUCUGACUGCACGUAAGAAACCUCUAUUUAUUAAGUUACAAUUUAAUGGUGACUUAUCAAGUGAGAUUCUAUUCCAAAGACUUUCAAGGAGUAUACGAAGAACAUUUUAUGCAGCACACCUAUGUUUGUCAUUCUCUAGCCGACGAAUGAUUGGGACGCAAACGAAGGAUAAGCUUGAUAGUUUUGCCACAUCUAUGUGCAUUUAUCAAUUCAACUGCACCUGCGGUGACAGUUAUAUUGGGCGUACUACUAGACAGCUUAGCCAACGUGUUAGUGAACAUCUCCCAUCGUGGUUUGGCAAAGGACAGACAAAAACAAUUCGUAGCUCAAUUUUGUCACACUUAAUUGAUAGUGGUCAUGUAAUCGAGAAAACGAGAGCCUUCAAAGUAAUUCAUCGUAUCCCACCGAAUCUUUCCAAUAGACUUCGUAUUCGUCUACUGCACACAGCUGAGGCAAUAGGCAUUCGAACUAUUAAACCUAAACUAUGUAUUCAAAAAAAGUUCGUACAGCCAUUAUCCCUCCCUUGGCCUAUUAAGACAUAACCAACUAAUGACUUCUACACCACCCUUUGUUUAUAUUUUCAACCCCUUUCUUAUCAUCCCUUAAUCUUAUCUUCAUUAUAAACGUGUUUCAUUUCCUUCCCUUACAAUCUAACAUUACUUAAUCGGUUCAUUUGUUUUUACUAGCCUUUAUCGACUACUUCCACCUGAACAGUUGUUUGUUUAAUCAUGCUGUUUUUCAUUAUUCGUGUUAUCACAGAUUGCCUCACUUUUUCAUCCUUAUUAUUGAUAAGACCAUUUCUAUUAUUACUAUUAUUAUUAUUAUCAUUACUACUAUUAUGACUAAUUGCACAAUUUAUAUUCACCAUCGUAUUAUCCUAUAGACAAAAC